AUGAAAGAAGAAGGGCUGCAGCCGCCUCGCAGCUCUUUAGACCCAUCAGGAGGCGCUUAUUCAGACUGCAGCAGCGGCCAGCUAAACGAACAGACCCGACACAACGUGCAGAACCCGUCGAGGGAAGGUGGCGGCUCUUUCCGCAGCGCUGCGGAGGCGACGAAAGCGGAACAGGGAACCUCUUUAGGAACAGACAGCGACAAAUCACAUGCACUGAGUGCACGGUAUGUUGCUUAUCUCGGCUGCAUCAAGGACAACUGGUCCUCCUGUCACGCAGCUAAACUCCUAGACGAGAAUCUCAUCGCAUAUCUUCGCCCCCGAUUCGUGCUGCUCUCAACCCCCUUAAAAGUUCGAGUAUUGACAUCAUUUCUUUACAUAAAACCCGACCUCCGAGAAAGAUGCAGCGACACCCUCGGCGAAAUAACCAAGGAAGGGGAGACGGAUCCCAACGAAUGGGUCAAGAAACUCAGCCGCAUCCUGAUUCCUUACAUCACGAGCGGGCGAAUCGACUUGCGGGAGACGGAUACAGAAACUGCCUUUAGGAUUAUUAAUUUUCUAGACGAGCAAAGAGCGCUGAACCCGCAACAGGGCCCGUACAGGCAGAAGGCAGGCCUGGAGGAGCAGCAUAUGUGUGAGCCGCACACAGAAGUAGAGACUGCUGCUGCUGUUGCAGCAGCAGCGAGUAGCGAGGAUCCGCUACUGCAUUUGCUGCAGCUACCGCAGAAAGGAGUGCUGGAAAUGACUCUGUUCAACGCGCGAGACAGUUUCGACAACGUGCUAAAAGGCGUUGUGCACAGAGGGACUCAGGAGCUGCGGAGGGCACAGCGGGCUGUGCAGCAACGCGAAAGAAACCAGAACGAGAGUCGGAGGGAUAUUUCAGCAUAA